ACAUUAGGUGUAAUCAUGUGUGAAGAGAAUAAUAGUGUCAGUCCAAAUCACUUACAGAGAAGUAGGUCAAGUGGAGGAGUUUCAGAAAGAUUUAAAUCCCACGGCCAUAAUAAACAGUUUUAUUGAAAACAUGGAGAAGAAACAGACCAUCAAUUUCGGAGCGGGACCAGCUAAACUUCCACAGUCGGUUUUGCUCCAAGCACAGAAGGAGCUGCUGGAUUGCAGUGGCACUGGGAUAAGCAUUCUUGAAAUGAGCCACAGAUCGUCUGAUUUCUCCAAGAUUAUAAACACUACUGAAAACCUUCUCCGUGAACUUCUGAAUGUCCCUGAAAACUAUAAGAUACUGUUCCUGCAAGGCGGAGGCUCGGGACAGUUCAGCGGGGUUCCUCUCAAUCUGAUUGGUCUGAAGGAGGACAGGUGUGCUGAUUAUCUGGUCACAGGGACGUGGUCUGCAAAGGCAGCCAAAGAGGCAGAGAAGUAUGGAAAAGUGAACGUGAUUCAUCCAAAACUGGAUAGCUACACCAAAAUACCAGACUGUAGCACUUGGUCACUGAAUCCUUCAGCAUCUUAUGUCUACUACUGCUGCAAUGAGACUGUGCACGGCGUUGAGUUUAACUUCAUCCCGGACACUAAAGGAGUGGUUCUUGUCAGUGAUAUGUCAUCCAACUUCCUCUCCAAGCCGGUAGAUGUGUCGAAGUUUGGUCUGAUAUUUGCCGGCGCACAGAAGAAUGUCGGGUGUGCUGGUGUGACAGUUGUCAUUGUCAGAGAGGAUUUGAUGGGCAAGGCUUUGAAAGAGUGCCCUAUUAUACUGGACUAUCAGGUGCAGGCUGGCAAUAACUCACUCUACAACACUCCUCCAUGCUUCAGUAUUUACAUUAUGGGUUUGGUUCUGGAGUGGAUCAAGAACAACGGAGGGGCGGAUGCCAUGGAACGACUAAACAAACAGAAAUCCGACAUCAUCUAUGACAUUAUCAACCACUCCAAUGGAUUUUACUCAUGCCCAGUUGACAUGGCGUGUCGAAGCCGCAUGAACGUUCCGUUCCGCAUCGGAAAGAAGGAAGGGGAUGAAAGUCUUGAAAAGGCAUUUCUUGAUGGUGCUUCUAAACUUGGCAUGAUCUCACUUAAAGGACACAGAUCUGUGGGUGGCAUCCGGGCUUCCCUGUACAAUGCAGUGACUGUUGAAGACGUGAAGGCUCUUGGCGCCUACAUGGAAGAAUUCCUUAAGAACCGCCAGUAGCUUAAAAGCCUUUUUUUGAAAGUAGUAGUUUUUACUUGCAUUGAAAACUGUUUUCUAUACCUUUAAAAUAGAGUGACACUUAACGAAUUUGCAGCAUUUAUUGCAACAAGUCGUAGCAGAUGAAUGGACUAUAAUAAAACACUAAUUCUCCUCUCAUUUCAAUAGCUAAUGGUUGUCAUUAAGUAAAAUUACUUUUUAAACUAACAAUUUUAUUCAAAUUGUAGUUGUGCCUUAAUACUUGUAAAAUUGUAUUUGAAUUGUUUUCCAAAACAUUCCUUGUUUUACUAAUAUAAAUGUGUGUUAUUAGUAGCUGAAUGGACCAAAUACUGUGAUACAAGCAAAAAUAAAAUAAAACACUACUAAACUCUACUACAA